GUCUGGAGGAGAGGACAAGGCCACGAACGCUCAGCUGCAGCGGCCCCAGCCUUCAUGCCCGCCAGGGCCUGGCCUGGCCCAUCCUCCUAGCUCAGCCUCAGCUGGUGCUUCCCGCAGUGUGAUUCCCAGGCCCCCAGGUGACUCCUGCGGACCACAGAGGAGAGGAUGGCCCAGGUCCUGCAUGCGCCGGCCCUGUUCCCAGGGACCCCGGGCCCUGCCUCACCACCCGCCUUUCCAGCCAAAGAGCCCGACCCCCCUUACUCUGUGGAGACACCUUACGGCUACCGCCUGGACCUGGACUUUCUCAAGUAUGUGGAUGACAUCGAGAAGGGCCACACGCUGCGGAGGGUCGCUAUGCAGCGCCGUCCCCGCCUGGGCUCGCUGCCCCGCGGCCCCGGCUCCUGGUGGACGUCCACAGAGUCGCUGUGCUCCAAUGCGAGUGGGGACAGCCGCCACUCGGCCUACUCCUACUGUGGCCGCGGCUUCUACCCACAGUACGGCGCCCUGGAGACCCGUGGUGCCGGUGGCUUCAACCCUCGCGUGGAGCGGACGCUGCUGGAUGCCCGGCGCCGCCUGGAGGACCAAGCAGCCAUGCCCUCGGGCCUGGGCUCCCUGACCCCCAGCGCCACAGGCUCCACCAGCUCCUUGGUGGGUUUGGGGCUGCCACCACCUGUGACGCCGCGUGGCUCAGGGCUGUCCACGCCAGUGCCACCCAGCGCCGGGCACCUGGCACACGUGCGGGAACAGAUGGCAGGUGCCCUGCGGAAGCUGAGGCAGCUGGAGGAGCAGGUGAAGCUGAUCCCCGUGCUCCAGGUGAAGCUGUCUGUGCUCCAGGAGGAGAAGCGGCAGCUCGCUGUGCAGCUCAAAAGCCAGAAGUUCUUAGGUCACCCCGCCGGCGCCCGGGCCCGCAACGAGCUCUGCCUUGACCUCCCGGACCCCCUAGAGGACCCCGCAGCGCUCAACACCCGCAGCGUGGGCACCUGGGUACGAGAACGGGACCUGGGCUUGCCUGAUGGGGAGGCGGCCCUGGCCGCCAAGGUGGCCGUGCUGGAGACGCAGCUCAACAAAGCACUGCAGGACCUGCAGGCGGCCCAGGCCAGGCCAGCACUGGACACUCCGGUCCGUGUGGACACCGUCCGCGUGGUAGACGGGCCGCGGGAGGUGGAAGUGGCCGCCAGCACUGCCACUGGGGCGCCUGCUCAACGAGCCCAGAGCCUAGAGUCCUACGGGGCAGGCCUGAGGGCCCUGGUGACACCUGGGGACGCCGGGAGCCCCGCAGUGUUCUGCAGCCACGAGGUGGUGGAGACCAUGUGCCCAGUCCCUGCUGCAUCCACCAGCAACGUCCAUGCCAUCAAGAAAAUCAGCAUCACGGAGCGGAGCUGCGAGGCAGCCACAGGCCCCCCACCGGCACCCGCGGAGUCAGCCUCCUCCCCUCCAGCAAGCCAGGUGGCCACUUCUGACCCUGCUGACAGGGAGCCCCCCAGGGAGGCAUCCCAGACAUCCCAGGAGGCUGGGGGAGCAGGCGGAGCCCAGGCAGGGGUGUGCUCCAGCAGUAAGAGGGAGGAGCCUGAAGACCCUUCAGCCCACAGGAGGAGCCUGCAGUUCGUGGGGGUCAAUGGCGGGUACGAGUCGUCCUCCGAAGGCUCCAGCACAGCCGAGACCUUCUCGGACAACGACAGCACGGAAAAUGAGGCUCCUGAGCGGGAAGAGAGGGCUCCGAGCGCAGCCGGAACCCUGCAGCACAGGGCCCCGGGGACCGAGGCGGCAGCAGCCCAGCCCAGCCGGCCGCUGGAGUGCCAGCUGUCUCGGGAGGCCCCGCAUGUGCCCGUGGCGGAGGGGGCAGCGGGCACCAACUCGGAGGACGAGAUCCGGAUGGAGCUGAGCCCUGACCUCAUCUCGGCCUGCCUGGCGCUGGAGAAGUACCUGGGCAAUGCCAACGCGCUCACCGAACGGGAGCUGAAAGUGGCCUACACCACGGUGCUGCAGGAGUGGCUGCGCCUGGCUUGCCGCAGCGAUGCCCACCCCGAGCUUGUGCGGCGCCACCUGGUCACCUUCCGGGCCGUGUCGGCACGGCUGCUGGACUACGUGGUCAACAUCGCCGAUAGCAACGGCAACACCGCGCUACACUACUCCGUGUCACAUGCCAACUUCCCCGUGGUGCGGCAGCUGCUGGACAGCGGCGUCUGCCAGGUGGACCGGCAGAACCGUGCCGGCUACAGCCCCCUCAUGCUUACCGCGCUGGCCACGCUGAAGACCCAGGAUGACAUCGAGACUGUCACUCAGCUCUUCCGGCUCGGAGAUGUCGACGCCAAGGCCAGCCAGGCGGGACAGACAGCCCUGAUGCUGGCCGUCAGCCACGGCCGCGUGGACGUGGUCAGAGCCCUGCUGGCCUGCGAGGCGGACGUCAACGUGCAGGACGAGGACGGCUCCACGGCCCUCAUGUGCGCCUGCGAGCACGGGCACAAGGAGAUCGCGGGGCUGCUGCUGGCCGUGCCCAGCUGCGACAUCUCGCUCACGGACCGCGACGGGAGCACCGCGCUCAUGGUGGCGCUGGACGCGGGGCAGAGUGAGAUCGCGUCCAUGCUGUACUCGCGCCUGAACAUCAAGUGCUCGUUUGCCCCGAUGUCCGAUGAUGAGAGUGCAGCGUCAUCCUCCGCUGAGGAAUAACGGGGAGGAGCUGGCAGUGUGUCCAGGCCACCAGCCCCCAGGGCCGAGCGGCCGCCCCCUCCUUGUGCUCUGCUCUCGCGGCCCUUCCGCGGCUGGCUGCCCGGCCCCGAUGUCGCCUCUGCUUCUCUGGGGACCUCGCCGCCCGGGGCCCCCAGCAUGGAGCCGGGCUUCUUUUCCCAGGACCUUGAUUCAAAGCCCAGGCUCAGUUCAUGCCUGCACUGGCGACCGAGGGGCGGGUGUGGGUUUGAGGAAGAACACAGAGAACAGUCAGCCGGCAAUUAGGGCGGAGGAGGGCGGAGGGGAGAGAUGGAGAUCGGGUGCUUGAAUCAUCCGUGGGGGAGGGCGGCCCAGGCCCAGCCCGGACUUCACUGGCAUGGCGAGUCUCCCUUUCAGUGGAAGCCACGUGCACAGGAGCUGCGUCCUCCCGGUGGCUCUGCCCCCACGUUUCACCCCCUGAUAGAUGAAAGCAACUUCUUCAUCCCCACACACACCCCAAACCGCUUCCUGGGUCAUCUCCUUUGUGGUCCUUUUACAGAAUGGAUUCUGUCUCUCACAUUGUAACACGGGGCAGCAAAGCUUGCAUCAUCUUUUGUUUUUUGAUUUUUUUUUUUU